GAAGUUACGCCUCGCAAGAAGCAGAAAAAGGAUAAGCAUAGGGCUCGGGAAGAAGAUUCGGGUAAGCUUGGAAAUAGUGUUUUGUAAUGCGCGCGUGCAAAACAGUUGCCUGUGUGGAUGCUUUAUUAUCUCUUCCUCUUACAGAGGAAGCGUGUUUUCAUUCAUUGUAACGGACGAUCAUCUUGUAUUGGUCAUAAGGUUCUGCAAAGAAAGAGAAAAAAGUGAAGAGUGAGGCGGCUGAUGUGGGCUCGUCAAAUCAUUUUGGGGUGAGUUGAUUGCCAAGGACUCACACAGUUUGCGAGAAAAUGUUCUGUUUUGACGGUAGUUUUUUCACCAUUGUUAACCUAUUUGCAUUUAAUCACUAGUUAUGGUGUGAAUAUAAAUUUCCAUCUUUACUGACCAAGAUCGUGCUUACUUACUCAUUUAGAUACACUGCUGUAGAUUUCGUGUGGCCAUUGUUAUCAACAUCGUGUUCUCAUGAGCGCUUCAGCGGCGUGCAGAAAAUAAUUCGUUAUCAGUUCAAGUUUGAGACGAACCGGUAGCUUCCUAUUUCCAAUGUAAUUAAAGCUAGACAUUUUCAGCAAUCCAAAACGUUUCUGUGCUGUGUACAUCAAGGAGAGAAGAUCUUGCUGCAAUUGAAAUAAACAAAACUAUGUAUUAAACCUGGGUAUACAGGCUGUCUUGCAGAGUAAUCUUAUGAGAAACGAAGGUAUAAAACCUUACUUAAAAUUGGUUUUGAACAAGUAAGGCUCAAACAUAGAAUCCAAUCAGUUACAAACAAUACCAGCCACAAUAUAUUCUUGUGCUUAAGUAAACACGCCUUGGUCUUGGUGUGUUCAUUUUUUCCCUAAUUUUAAGUCAUCAGGGCCCAAGGUGAAAUUCUUAUCUGGGUUUCUUUACUCCUUAGUUCAAAAGCCUUUUCAAGGUGAUUUUAUCUCCUUUUUAGACCAUCCUAUAGUAAAAUUUUUAGACAAAAGAUUAUACUGAAUUUUCUGUUAAAGCUUUCAGAUCUGAAAUCAGAUUUCACACCAACUUUCUAUUAUCCUAACUCAGCAUUGAACAACCUGGCCCUGGUGUCUAACUUUCUAAAUGUUAUUUUAAGGUUUUUACUCCUUACAAAUUAUUGUGCUCUUUAUUAAAUAUUUCAAAACAUGUGUAGAGCAUCAGUAUUGAACUUUGGUUGUACCUGUAACCUGUUGAGGUGUUAUUUAUUAGAUUUACUACCACUUAUGUAAUCAUAUCUACCUAUUCCACUAUUGGCAGCCACUUAUUAAAAUAUAUUAAAAUGCCUGUUAUCAUCCUUUUAGAAUGUAAGUUGAAAAUGGAUUCCAAGUUCUGCUACUUGCAUUUAUUUAAUUUUUGAUUAAUUAAUUUGUCAAACCCUGUAUAUUUGCCCACCCAGGAAACUCAACAUGAAGAGGAUUUCCACUUAAAGCCAACGUCUGCAGCUGGUGUGUUGGACACAUCAAAAUGGCCUCUAUUGCUCAAGGUAAGAUGUUAUCUGUCCAGUUGUAAUCUUGGUGUAUCAGUUAUUACUAAACUUCCAUUGUGUUCUUUUUUUGUGUCACAGAACUAUGACAAGUUGAAUGUAAGAACUGGCCACUUUACUCCAUUACCGAAUGGAUGUUCUCCUCUGAAAAGAGAACUAAAAGACUAUGUAUCGUAAGUUACAUUAUUUCAAUUUCUGAGCAAUUCAUACAUUCAUGACGCUAUAUGUACAUGUACAGUGCAACCAAGCUCUGUACUGGUGAUUACGAAGGAAGUUUUUAAAUUUGAUCAAUUUUUAUUUAAAUCUUAUUAUGUUCACACUAAUGAGCUUCUUUUUUGAGCUGAAGCAUGUUGGUGUGUUACUUUAGGACUAUAUUUUAUUACUACAUGGUUAAUUAUGCAUAUCUACUUCUGUUAUCACAGGAGUGGGUUUAUAAAUCUUGACAAGCCAGCAAAUCCCUCAUCACAUGAGGUACAUUGCAUAUUUGAUACAAAGAAUAAUAUGGUUUAGGUUUCUUCCCUCCUUCUUUCCUUCAACGUAUUUAGAUGUUACUGUAUGCUAGUUUUCCUUGCUAGAGCUUUAAUCCUGGCAAGUAUAGCCUGGAUUAGUCACUAUCAGCCAAAUAUUUUCCCUUGUACAAGGAUUCAGGAAGUUUUUAUAAUAAACUUGGGUUAUUGUUUUUUCACCAAAGAAUUAAAGGCCUCAACACAAUAGCCAGCCAAAAAUUUAACAAAGAUGAUGUCCUUGACAGCCAUGAGAAUGGGUGUUAUGAACUAGUAUUGGCUUUCUAUGGUCAUGCACAAUCAAGAUUAGAGCUUGUCUUUUUCUGAUCAGGUGGUGGCAUGGAUAAGAAGAAUUCUCCGAGUGGAAAAAACUGGGCAUAGUGGCACUCUUGAUCCAAAAGUGACAGGAUGUCUAAUUGUGUGCAUUGAAAGGGCAACAAGACUUGUGAAAUCACAACAGGGUGCAGGUACCAAUGAAUCUCUUUUUUCAUUCUGGUCCAUGUUGCUUAAACUCUAUGUUUUUAAUGGAAGAGCAUCAUUGUGCAAAAAUCAGAACUAGCUGGAGUACUGGUACACUUACCUUUUUUUUUAACAAACAUUCUGUUUCUCCUUUGCCCCAAAGGAAAAGAGUAUGUCUGCAUUGUGAGGCUCCAUGAGGCAAUUGAAAAUGAAUCAGAGUUAGCAAAGGUUGGUACAUUGAAUUUAAAUUUUAUCCUGAGGAUUUUGCAGUUGAUAUUUAAGAUGAAAAUUUCAAUUCCAUCAGUCCUCUUUGCUGUAAAACACACGAGACUUCAGCCAUGAAAAUCCACUGAACCAUUUUCUUGUAUGUGUAUCAUCCCAUUUGGAAACAGGCAUGUUUUUAACAUUUAUGUAAAAAUCAAAAUAAAUUAGUGGUGAUUAAAGUGAGCAUCUUUGUUUUGUUUGCAGACGAUAGAGAUGCUCACAGGAGCCUUGUUUCAGAGACCUCCACUGAUAUCUGCAGUUAAACGACAGCUUAGAAUAAGAACAAUAUAUGAAAGUAAAUUAAUUGAGUUUGACCAAGAACGGCAUCUUGGUAAGUGCUUGUUUUGAAUCACAAAAACACUUCCACCUCCAUUUCUCUAUAUACAUACAUGUAUGUAUCUGGGAGGUGUACAUGAACAGAUGAAGAUUUAAAAUUUAAGCCUUUAUCUUGACAUUGCAGGAGUGUUUUGGGUGAGUUGUGAGGCUGGGACCUACAUAAGAACACUUUGUGUCCAUAUUGGAUUGUUAAUGGGGAUUGGUGCUCACAUGCAGGAACUCAGAAGGGUGCGCUCAGGAAUUCAGUCUGAAAAUGUAAGUCUCUUAAUGUAUGUUUUAACAUUCACACUGAACACUUUUAAUUUACAACUUUCUUGUUGAUGUUUUAUUGCUUUCAGCUGCAUUUGGAUUUUUAAUGUCAAGGUUAUGACAUUUAUUAUUUUUCUUUAAAUGAAGAAGAUAGUAGUGAGAGUAAGGUUUGUGUUUUUCAGGAUAACAUGGCCACUAUGCAUGAUGUUCUUGAUGCACAGUGGAUGUAUGAUAAUUACAAAGAUGGUAAGUUGCUGCUGUUGAUUGGUUGAAAGGUAUGCAAGCAAUAAUAGUGUUUUGAACAACAAGAGUUAAGUGUCAAAAACAAAAUAUAUUAUUUCACAGAAUCCUAUCUCCGCCGCUGCAUCAAGCCAUUAGAAGCCCUUCUAACUUCUCACAAGCGUCUGGUUGUUAAAGAUAGUGCUGUAAGUACUGUUUUGCUGUGUAAGAUUUGAUGAAUUAAGGAAUUUUAGCAGUGAGAACAAAAUGUGUGUUCUGAAGUCCCACUAAGCUCCAAACAUAUUUUUAAUACGAUGUAGCUCAGCUUUUAGUGUAUUGCCAAGUUGGAGGCUUGUCAUAUUAGAUGUGGUUAAAAUUGCAUUAUUAUUUGAAGAGUCUUUGAAUAAAUAGGACACUUUCCAAAUUUUGUGUGUGAAUAGGUUGCUAAUAGGUAAAGGUUGUUUUGUAAAUUCUUUCACGUAGUAUUUUUUCUGCUACAUUUAGGUAAAUGCCAUAUGUUAUGGAGCAAAAUUGAUGAUCCCAGGUCUAUUGAGAUAUGAAUCUGGAAUAGAAAUGAAUGAAGAAAUUGUUAUCAUGACAACAAAAGGAGAAGCUAUAGCUCUUGGUGAGUGUUCCUCUGCUAAUAACAUAGGCCAGUUGGUUAAAGGGUUGGUGAGUGACCGAGUCAGUCAGUUUUUUUGUUAGGCAGUCAUUCAGUAUGUCUGUCUUUCAGCAAGUCAGUCUAUCAGUCAGCCAGUUAGUCUGUCUGUUUGUCAGUCAGCUGGUCAGUCUGUCAGUCAGUUAUUCAGUCAGUCUGUCUGUCAGUCAAUAAGUGAUUCUGUCUGUCAGUGAGUCAGUCAGCCAGCCAGUUAACCAGUUAGAGGCAGUCAGUCAGUCAGUAAUUCAAACAGCUGGGUCUGCUGUCACAUAGUAUGAUCAUUUUAAUAAUUUGAAUGCCAUUGUUUUUCAUAGUUUUAAUGUUACCAGUUGCAUAGAACAAGGUGAUGUGGAGGUCAAGUUUUCUAUUUUUCCUUUAUAUAACUAUUUUCUUUUUCAGGGAUUGCUCUUAUGACGACAGCUGUGAUGGCAGCUUGUGAUCAUGGUGUGGUUGCUAAGAUCAAAAGAGUUAUCAUGGAAAGAGACACUUAUCCCAGGAAAUGGGGCUUGGGACCAAAGGUAUGACCAACUUAUUUAGACACCAGACUUCUGCUGAUCUGUUCAUGGUCCUCUCUUUUGACUCAUCAAUGGCUUUGUUUGUAUGAGCUGUGUAAUCAAUAUUUAUGGCCCAUUUCUAUCUCAUGCUAUUCCAUUAACUCUAUUCUUUUAUCUUAGUGUCUGUGUGACAAAAUCAAACCUAACUCAGUAGAGUUACACACACAAUCAAGACUUUUUGCAUCAUGGGAGUUAAUUUUUGGAAGUGACAUGUGCUCAACCAUGCAAGAACAAUAUUGUUUAAGAUUCAAUUAAGCAAAUGCAAUAAUGUUGGUACAAACUUGCUAUUGGUUACAUACUGCUAUUGUAUAUCAGUGUACCAUUCUCUCUGGAACCUUGCAGCCUGUUAAGAAGUCAGACCUCAACACUCAGAGUUGCAAUAAUUUAACAUUCUACUUGAUUUUCUUGCUGGUGUUUUUGGUGAGUCUCUUAUUGAUGUUUUCCCACCCAGGCACUUCAGAAAAAACAGUUAAUUGCAUCUGGUAAAUUGGACAAAUAUGGCAAACCAAAUGAAAGCACACCCAAAGAAUGGAUGCAAAGUCACCCAGAUAUCAGGUUUGUGUCACAUGAAUGGGGAUUUAAACACGGGCUUCAAUCCUGAACCUCUUUCUAAUCAGGGUAAUUUAGUAUUAUCAAAUGAGAUGACUACAUAAAUUGGCCAUGGUAAAGAGUGGCCAAUUUACAUUAUCAACUCAUUUUAUAAUACCAAAUUACACUGUUAUACUCUCCCAUCACCCCUUUACUCUUUCUAAUCAGUUGUUUGCCUUUAGUGUGGAUAAAACUCCAGUGAAGGAUGAACAAUCUGCUGGUUUACCUAAGACACCCAAGGAAGAACCCAUGCCUGGUGCUCCUGUGACACCCAAGGAAGUUGAAGAAGGGAAAAAGGUGUGUUGCAAUGAUAAGUAGUGUGCAGGCUAAAAGAAUCAGACAAUGGAUUCAAUUAACUGUCUAAAUACAGAGUGAUUACAAACCCAACUGGUCUAGAAAUUGAUUGCAACUCUAUAUGCGCCUUGUUAUUUGAAUACUUCAAGGUCUGCUUUCUCGUUAUCCAAGUGUGUCCAAUUGUAAUACAGUAUGUCCUCGAUAUUUAGUUUCUUGUUUGUUUACUUUCGAUACUUUUCUAAUACACAGAGGAAAAGAGACACAGAGGGUAGUGAUGAAGAGAAGGAAACUCCAGGAAAGGAGAAAAAGAAGUCCAAAAAAGACAAAAAGAAAUCAAAAGAGAAAGAGAGCAGUGAUGAAGUAAGUUCCUCAUAAAGGACUGUUUUAUUGGCUCAAACGUGAACCACUCCGUGCUAAUUAUUCUAUCUUUUGUAGGAAAAGAAAGAAAGGAAGAAGAAAAAGAAAAAGAAGAAAGAGAAAGAGAAAGAAAAAGUCAAAGAAUCUGAUUCAGACUCCUCGGAUUAA